ACCAACCCACUAAAAAGAGAAUUAAUCCAAAAGCGGUGCCCAGACUUUGGCAGGUGAGGCUAAUCGCAAGAAGCUCCUCCUUCCCAGCGUUCAACGACGAAAUUGGCGUUUUGGAGCAUUUUCGGAAUUCCAUCGGAAAUCUAGCAGGCACGAAGCAAAAAGGAGGGAGGCAAAAAAGACGGCAAAGAAAUGGCGUCUUCUCUCUCAACCCCAAAGCAAUUCCUCGCAGGUGCUCCAUCUUCAGAUGGAUGCUCACGUCUCGGAUCUCUCCGUUCUCCGUCCAGGUUAUCGUCUUCCGGCCUCCAACUCCCAGCUCGACGGCAGCACUCCAAACGUCUCGUGAUAAAGGCGGCAGGCAGUACAUAUGGGAAUUUUUUCCGUGUAACAACAUUUGGAGAAUCACAUGGUGGUGGUGUUGGUUGCAUUAUUGAUGGAUGCCCUCCACGGAUUCCCCUUUCUGAAUCUGAUAUGCAGGUUGAGCUUGAUAGAAGGAGGCCAGGUCAAAGCCGAAUCACAACCCCUAGAAAAGAGACCGACACAUGUAAAAUAUCAUCUGGAAUUGCUGAUGGGUUAACUACUGGAUCUCCAAUUAAAGUGGAAGUUCCGAACACUGAUCAGAGAGGAAAUGACUAUAGUGAAAUGUCACUUGCAUAUCGUCCUUCACAUGCAGAUGCUACUUAUGACUUCAAAUAUGGGGUGAGAUCAGUACAGGGCGGUGGCAGGUCAUCGGCUAGAGAAACCAUUGGGAGAGUUGCUGCUGGAGCAGUUGCAAAGAAAAUUCUCAAACAGUUUUGUGGUGCUGAGAUUAUUGCAUAUGUUUCUCAAGUGCAUAAGGUUGUACUUCCUGAUGAUUUGGUUGACCACCGGACUCUCACAUUAGAUGAGAGUGAAAGGAAUAUAGUCCGUUGCCCAAAUCCUGAAUAUGCUGAAAAGAUGAUAGCUGCCAUUGAUGCUGUUCGAGUGAAGGGUGAUUCUGUUGGUGGGGUUGUUACAUGCAUUGUCAGAAAUGCUCCACGAGGCCUUGGUUCUCCUGUCUUUGACAAACUUGAAGCUGAGCUAGCUAAAGCUUGCAUGUCCUUACCCGCUACAAAAGGAUUUGAGUUUGGCAGUGGUUUUGCAGGGACAUUCAUGACUGGUAGUCAGCAUAAUGAUGAAUUUUAUAUGGAUGAACAUGGUCGAAUCAGGACAACUACUAACCGAUCUGGUGGUAUUCAGGGUGGAAUAUCGAAUGGAGAAAUCAUUAACAUGAAAGUUGCAUUCAAGCCUACAUCUACAAUUUCAAGGAAGCAAAAUACAGUGACAAGAGACGGGCACGAAACUGAGCUCAUUGCACGUGGCCGGCACGAUCCUUGUGUAGUUCCUCGAGCUGUUCCAAUGGUGGAAGCUAUGGUAGCACUGGUGCUGGUUGACCAAUUGAUGGCGCAAUAUGCUCAGUGCAUGUUGUUCCCAAUCAACACAGAGUUACAAGAACCCUUGAGUCGAAAUCCAGAGCCAGCCAAUGUUUCUCUUUGAAAGCGUCUUGGUUCCCAAACGCUUUCGUGCCAGCGUGCCGCGUGUUUUUUGCUUAUAAACAAAAUGUAUGCGUUUGAUAGAUUCCUGAAGUGUGUUGUUUAGCUUUUGAGAAGAAUAAUAACGCCUUCAAUCGGCCAGUUUAUGAUUUUUAUUUUAUUUGGCACACUUGUUUUGACAGUAGUUAGUUGCAUAAACCAAGGACAAUUUAUUCUUUUGAAUAAAUUGCUUGUACUUCAUGUAAAUCGUUAUUUCAUCGAUCAAAUACACUCAUUUCAUCUUAUAUAGUACUACUCUGUACGUAUUUCUCGAUACUUUGACCGUUAUUAAGAAAAGUAGACGCGUGUG